AUGGCACCCACAAGCCCUCAGCACUCAAGACACACAGGGCUUUGAGUGAUCUCACUGUUGCAGCAGCUGUUUGCACCUGACGUUGGAAGAUAUGGCACCCACAAAGAAGGGAAUUAUGGAGCGCCUGAAUGGUGGCGAGGUGGUGAUCGGGGACGGGGGUUUCGUCUUCGCCCUGGAGAAGAGAGGCUACGUCAAGGCUGGCCCCUGGACCCCCGAGGCCGCCGCCACCGACCCUGAGGCCGUUCGUCAGCUCCACCGGGAGUUCCUGAGGGCCGGGGCUAACGUCAUGCAGACCUUCACCUUCUACGCCAGCGAUGACAAACUGGUGAACAGAGGCCAGAAGCUGGCCCUCACCGGUCAGCAGAUCAACGAGGCUGCGUGCGACCUGGCGCGCGAGGUGGCCAACGAGGGGGACGCACUGGUGGCCGGUGGCGUCUGCCAGACCCCGUCCUACCUGAGCUGCAAGAGCGAGAGCGAGGUCAAGGCCAUCUUCAAGAAGCAGAGUGACGUCUUCGUCAAGAAGAACGUGGACUUCCUCAUCGCAGAGUACUUUGAGCACGUGGAGGAGGCAGAGUGGGCUGUCCAUGUCCUGAAGGCCACUGGGAAGCCGGUGGCUGCCUGCCUGUGCAUCGGGCCAGAGGGAGACCUCAACGGCAUCAGCCCCGGAGACUGUGCUGUCAGGCUGGUCAAAGCCGGUGCUCAGAUUGUGGGCGUGAACUGCCACUUUGACCCGGACACGUGUGUGGAGGCGGUGCGCCUGAUGAAGGAGGGCGUGGAGAAGGCCGGCCUCAAGGCCCACUACAUGUGCCAGCCCCUGGCCUACCACACGCCGGACUGCAACAAGCAGGGCUUCAUCGACCUGCCCGAGUUCCCCUUCGGCUUGGAGCCAAGGAUCCUCACCAGGUGGGACAUGCACAAGUAUGCCAGGGACGCCUACAACGUUGGCAUCCGCUUCAUCGGAGGCUGCUGCGGGUUCGAGGCGUACCACAUCAGAGCCCUGUGUGAGGAGCUGGGAAAGGAGAGGGGCUUCCUGCCCGCCGGCUCUGACAAGCACGACCUGUGGGGAAGAGGCCUGGAGAUGCACACCAAGCCCUGGGUCAGGGCAAGGUCCCGCAGAGAUUACUGGGAGAAGCUGAAGCCGGCGUCCGGUCGCCCCCUGUGCUCCGCCCUGUCGGCCCCCGAGGGCUGGGGAGUCACCAAGGGUCACGCGGACCUCAUCCAGCACGCAGAGGCCACCUCCGCCGAGGAGAUCCAGCACCUCCUCCAGAUGCAGAAGAAGGCUAAGGCAUAAAACCCUGUGACGUGACGUGACGUGACGUGACGUGACGUGACGUGACGUGACGUGACGUGACGUGACGUGACGUGACGUGACGUGACGUGACGUGACCAUCUGAUGGUGCAUAUUAGCCCUGCAACGUGUGCGUUCAUUCAUGUCUCUGUGUGCGCGGAGGUGUAUAAAGUAAAAGUAGAAGUAUACUCGUACUCUUGCAGUGUAUCUACCUCACUAGGUACUGUGGGAAUAACUGGUGUGUAAUCUAUGUAAGAUCAUGUACUAGUCCAGGGAAACUGAUAGG